CAGAUUACGAUGCAUGCGCCUUCUAUGUACGCCUACCGCAUGACAGUCUGUCAAAAGUAGUAUUUUGUAAUCUUAAUAUUUAAGAUUUAUUAAAUUUAUAUACAUUUAUAAAUUGAAAUUUGGUAUCUAUAAUUAGGGAUAUUAAAAAUGACUGCGGAAUUAAAAAAGUUUCUUUACGGGCUUGUAAGUAGCGUAGAAGGACUUCACAGUAUAUUGAUAACAGAUAGGGAUGGGGUACCUGUUAUUUCUGUUGCUGAUGAGAAAGCACCAGAAUUAGCCAUGAGAGCAAGUUUCUUGUCUACAUUUGGAAUGGCUACAGACCAAGGAAGUAAAUUAGGACUUGGAAAAAAUAAAACUAUUAUAUGCAUGUAUAGUAGUUAUCAGGUCGUUCAAAUGAACAAGUUACCUUUAGUUAUUAGUUUUAUUGCUGGUCAUAACUGUAAUACAGGUCAUAUUUUAUCUCUGGAAAGUAAAAUUGAUCCAAUCCUAAGCAAUUUAAAAAAUGCAGUAGUGGAAGCCUGAUGGUUACCUGUUGUGCAUUACGGGUGAUAAAUACCAAAUGUUUACAGUUAAAUUUGGUAAACACUUGUAAUGAACACAAAUAUUACAAAUAAUGCUAGAGACUUUAUUACAUUAUUGUUUGUCUAAUUUACAAAAAAUAUUCAAAUUACAAUUUUUUAUAUUUGUAUUUCCUUUCAUUACCAUUUUUAUAUAUUUUAAAUAGCUAUUUGAAAGGAAGAAAGUAUCUGAAAUAUUUUAUAACAGAAUAAUGUAAGAAGUGGAGGAAAGAUUUUAAAGACUUUACAAAUUUUUGUAAUAAAUAGAAAACAGUUUCUAUUGUACAUCAUCAAAGAAACAUUUCAAUACUUUGCAAUAUGUAAUUUAUAUUAAAAAUUAGAGUAUAAAUGUUUAAAGAAAAGUUAUUCAAGUUUUACAUGUGUAAAUAGUAUAAAUCUGUGUAAAAAAAGGGUGAUAUUAAAGUAUGUGUUAUAUGUGGUUAUAUCAGUAAAUAUUCUUAAACAUAUAAAAGUAUAUCAUUUCAAAUGAACAUGUGGUAUUAAACUAUAUAACAAAACUUUAUAAUUCAUACACUAAUGGCUUACCCUCUAACCCAUUGAGAAUGUUUUGUGCUGCAGUAAUCGACAUAUCAGUCCUAGUUUUCACAGUAGCACUGCCCAUAUGUGGUAUGAUCACUGCAGUACAUUAUAUACAUAUUAAUGUACAUAAAAUUUUGCUAAAUAUUUCUAUGAUUAAAUAAUAAGCAAAUA